GAGAGAGAGAGAGAGAGAGAAAAAAAAAAGGAGACAAGGACAUACAUAUUGCUCAGAACAGCGAUGGAAGAACUUACAGCUUUUGUUUCCAAGUCUUUCGAUCAAAAGGUGAAGGAAAAGAAAGAGGGGAUCACGUACAGAGAAGUUCUGGAGAGCGGGCCUGUGCGAGCCCGAGAGCCGUGUAUGGGCGAAGGCAAUCGGGAUGAAGUGAACGGCGCACAGCGAGGGUCCUCUCGAUGCCCGAGCACAGAGCCAGAGACCGGGCCAGAGAGACCUGGGGACAGCGGGACUCCGAAACUGGCCGAUCCGGGAAAUGGUGACAUUAAAGAAAGGAAAGAAGACGCCAAACCAAUGGAAGAGGAAACGCAGACCAAAAUCAAACAGCGUCGAAGUCGGACUAACUUCACAUUAGAGCAGCUCAAUGAGCUGGAGAGACUGUUCGAUGAGACCCACUAUCCUGACGCUUUUAUGAGGGAAGAGCUCAGUCAGAGACUGGGGCUCUCAGAAGCCAGAGUACAAGUAUGGUUUCAGAACAGAAGAGCGAAAUGCCGAAAGCAGGAGAAUCAACUUCAUAAAGGAGUACUCAUUGGAGCAGCAAAUCAGUUCGAGGCUUGUCGAGUUGCUCCAUACGUUAACGUGGGAACAUUGAGGAUGCCAUUUCAACAGGAUGUCCACUCCAACAUGCCACCGCUCUCCUUCCAAGUCCAGGCGCAGCUGCAGUUGGACAGCGUGGCCCACGCUCACCAUCACCUGCACCCACACCUGGCAGCCCAUGCGCCCUACAUGAUGUUCCCACCCCCGCACUUCGGCCUCCCUCUGGCCACCUUGGCGGAGUCGGCCACGGUGGUGGCGGCGGCGGCCGCAGCCAAGACCACCAGCAAAAACUCCAGCAUCGCAGACUUGAGACUCAAGGCCAAAAAACACGCCGCUGCAUUGGGGCUGUGAUCCCAACACAGAGAGAGAGAGAGAGAGAGAAAGAGACAUCCGAGCCCCACUUCCAACCGGUUUCAAGCAGAAACCAACCAACCACAGAGAAAGAAAAACCCACCCACUCACACACUCACUC